AUGGUCCUGGAGGAGAACGAGUGUGACUCUGUCUUUGAGCCCCAGAUCACUGAGGAGCAUGUAGAGACUCAGUAUGGGAACGUCCACUGCAUCAUGUCAGGAACUCCGAGGACAAACCGCCCCACAAUCCUGACAUUUCAUGAUGUUGGACUGAAUCACAAGUCCUGUUUUGAGACACUGUUCAACCACGAGGACAUGCGGGAAAUCAUCAGACAUUUGCCUGUUUGUCACGUCGAAGCACCAGGACAACAUGAGGGAGCCAAAACACUGCCUUCAGCGUAUACCUAUCCGUCCAUGGACCAGCUGUCUGAAGCACUGCCUGCUGUCCUCAAACACUAUGGGUUGCGUAGUGUGAUCGGAGUGGGAGUUGGAGCUGGAGCCUACAUCCUGGCUAAAUUCGCUCUGAAUCACCCUGAUAUGGUGGACGGACUGGUUUUGAUCAAUAUCAACCCCAGCGCUGAAGGACUAAUGGAUUCUGUUGCAAGCAAGAUCACUGAAUGGACCCACACUCUCCCAGACACAAUCAUCACACACCUGUUUGGAAAGGAUGAGAUCCAGACCAACCUUGACCUCAUAGCUACAUACCGUCACCACAUCACAACAAUGAUGAACCAGUCCAACGUGAGUCAGUUUCUCCGCUCCUACAACAACCGCAACGCUCUGGAGGUGGAGCGGCCUAUUCCUGGAGGAAACAUCAACGUCAGGACGCUCAAGUGCUCCAGCCUGCUGGUUGUAGGAGAUAAUUCUCCAGCUGUGGAGGCUGUGGUCGACUGCAACUCCAAACUCAACCCCACCAAGACCACACUGCUCAAGAUGGCUGACUGUGGAGGACUUCCUCAGGUGGAUCAGCCAGCUAAAGUGAUCGAAGCCUUGAAAUAUUUCAUCCAGGGCAUGGGAUACUUGUCCAGUGCCAGCAUGACCAGACUUCGCUCGCGGACGAGCUCCAGCUCCAGCAUCUCGUCCUUUGAUGGCUCUCGGAGCCGCGCGCAUACCAACGAGCUGCAGCGUAGCCGAACACACUCGCGCGGCACCGAGGAGAAGCGUGGGCGCUCGCACACUGACGUCUCUAUGGAGAGUAUCUCCAGCAGUAACGUGGACCACAUCAUCUCAAAGUCCACUGAAAUGGCAUGCUAGAGCGCACUCUGCCCUGAAUCCCAUGCACUUAAAUCAAAUCAUACCUCAUCAUAUCCACCCGGACAGCUUCCCUCUGUCAAGCCCUUUCAUCUGCACUAUCUCGAGCUGAUAACGUCACAGGCUGUAUAUCCUCGUGACUUUGUUCUACCCCUCUGUCUCCUUAUCCCUUCAUCAAUUUAACUCUCUCUUGGCAUUAUUCCCAGUCUCUCCGUCCAAUUUUUCUUCAUCUCUUUCAGCCUCCUCCUCUCUGAACUCUUACUGUAUGUUUCUACCUCUGUAUCCUUCUUUAAUUUGUUUUU